AUGCUCAAUCUGCCAAUCGAACUGGUGAAUAAGACCUGCACCUAUCUGGAGCAACCGGAGUGGGCUGCACUCAGAUUAUCUUGUCGCUCCCUGUACGCAAAAUCUUUGGAUGCAUUCGCAGAUCGCUAUUUCAAAAGCAUUUGCUUCAUUGCCACUAGUGAAGGCAUUCGACAACUAGAAGAGUUGACAAAAAAUGAAACCGUCCGAGUACGAGUCCGACAGUUAUGGAUGAUUCCGACCGUCUUCGAAGGUCGCCACGGAUGGAGCCUUGACGAAUUCUACAGGUCUCAAUAUCGAGGGCCAUUGAGUCGCCUCAGGGAGAAUGAUGAUGUGCUACUUACUCGUUAUGCGAUAUAUCAAGCUAUACAGGCCGAUAACCUGGCUCUUCUGGAGUCAAACACCUUUGGCUCUAGGCUUCACGCAUGCUUCGCUUCGUUCAGAAACCUCGAGUCCGUCGGGUUGAAGCAUUAUGCGACAGACUUUUUACUUGAUAUACGGCAACCAGAAUUUCGAUGUCUAGGAUUGCAGAAGUUGAAAAAUCAAGUCGAAUAUGUGUCCCACCCCUCAAGCUUCAAUCGUCUCCAAUGGCAUGAGGUAGCCAAGGUCAACUCUCUGGCUUUAUCGAGGAUGUUACAAGGUCUUAAUGAAUCCAACCCAAAGAUCACGACGUUAAACACAUGCGGUGCCAACUUCUGCGGCUCAACUUCUCCUAUUCUUCCUCUCACCCGAGAACAAUACGAUUCUCUUCUUCUCAAGCUUGAAGACCUGGAAAAUCUUCAUAUCUGCAUCUGUUACGACGAGGACGACCUAAAUUGCACUCCAAAUUCAAACACCUACAUUGAUCUUUUGAUUUCCGUUGCACCCAGACUGAAAGGGCUUGUUCUCUCGCAAUGGUAUCGAAAUCCACGCGAUUUGGGAGCACGCUACUUCUCAGAGCUCUCUCAGAGCAUCAGGUUCACCCAACUGAAAGAGCUCCAUCUCCACUGGAUACAAAUUCGACUUGAGUCUUUCAAAUCAUUUCUGAACACCACUAAGGGGACUAUGGUUUCUCUCUCACUCGAUUUGGUAACCUUGCAACCCAGCGCUCCACCUUCCACUGACUACGGGCCUACUUGUUGGAGACUCGUUUGGGAAUUCCUUCGGGCAGAGUUGUCACUAAACCGGUGUUAUAUGGGACACCUUGGCUAUCGGAGAAAUAAAGUGAUGAUUCAAGGGCCUGGUGAAUUAGCCGAACCGACAUACACUGCUACUUUCAAUGCAGAUGUAAACGGCAUUUGUUUCAACGAUUGGAUCCGGCAGCUUAAGCCAAUUUUGUCAGAAAGGGAGGAUUUAUCAGCACGAAGCUAUCCAGGUUUGCAGCUCACUAAGCCCCCAAAGCCACUGAACCUUUUCUUAAUACCCAUUGUCAGAAUUACUUCCUAG